AUGGCUCGAGGCAAAGCUUCAGCCGAGCCGGAAGCUCUCCACGAGCUCGGCGUCCGAGGCCGGAAAACCGGCGCCUUCUUGAAGGACACGGGCGAGCGCGACGAGCACGGCAUGCAGCCUCUGGACGCCAUCUUCUCAUCGCCGCGAAGCGCAGUCACGCGCGGGGAGGAAUCCGGGAGCGAGGACAUGGAGAUACCGUCGAGGCCGCGGACAGUUCUCAAGAACCGCCGGAGUCUUCAGAAUCAAUCGUCGUCUCCCACGCGCAAUCCCACCGCCGAAAAAGCAGCAGUUAGCCGGAAGCUGGACUUUGCCAGCAGGGCUGGAGGCAAGGCGACGCCGAAGACGAACGGGAAGCAAAAGGCUGCCGCGUUGAACGGCCUCUCGCGGCAUAGAGACGAGCCGGAGUCGGAGUCGGAGGAGCUGGACGAUGUCAUGGGCGCGGGCGAGAACGGCGAGGAGUCUAUGAUGAUGGUCGAUUCCACGAGGUCAGAUUUCAGAGGCGGACGCGCCCAAGACGACGACGACGACGACGACGACGACGACGACGAUGACGUGCCGCCCACAGAGCAGAAGAAGCGUGGAAGGCCGAACAAGGCAGCUUCGCAAGCGAAGUCGAAGGCAGCUCAGCGUGCUCAAGGCCAAGAACCCUCAGUAGAGCUAGGCGCCACCAGUAGAGAGAACUCAGCGAGGCCGGCUGCUAAGACCGUCGGAAAACGCUCAGCGAAGCCAGAUGCCAGCGAGCAAGAGGAGGAGUCCGAAGGCUCAGAUGCGAGACUGGAUGCGAUGCUAAGUCGCAGCCAAGCAGGGAGGCAGCCCAAGCGAAAGCGCCUCGAAGAAAUACCAGCUUCACCCGAGCCGCCUACUAAGCGAGGACCGCCGGCAAAGACUUCACGGAUUCUAUCUUCCUCCGACAUACAGGAUCAGUCGAGAGAAGAGGAGGAGGAAGACGAAGAAGAAGAGGAAGAGGAGGUAGCGCCGCGGAAGAAGCAGCGCACCACUGGACCGGCAGUCUCAAAGGCCAAGACACCGAAACCAAAACCUUCAAACAAGGGGAAAGCCGCUGCUGGCGCUCGCGGGGGCAAAGCCGUGCCCGUCUCAGCAGCAAGCAAGGCCAAGGCCAAGGCCAAGCCAAAAGCCGAGGCUCAAUCCAAGAUCAAAGGCCGAACCGCGCAAAAGCCCAAAAAGGCCCGCUCAGGAAGAAACGGCGAGGACGAGGAUGUUGGGGAGACGUCGUUUGCGGAGCUGCAGCGUGGCCCCCCAAUGCCAAAGUCCCGCGGCCUGGUAUCAAUGCGCAAGACCGUCGACGACACGAUCACGCAGACAAGGUCAGGACGGCACUCUUACCGGCCUGUCGCGUUCUGGAGGGGCGAGCAGGUGGUCCGCGAGGACGAGGAGCAGGCCGACAUAUUUGCCAAGGACCGGUUCAUCAUGCCGAGCAUCAAGGAAGUCGUUCGCGUGCCCGUGGAGGAGGCGCCGCCCAGCCGAGGCGCCGCCUCUCGCGGCAAAGCGCGGCCCAAGCCGAAGAAGCCGGCGGUGGAGGAGGAAGAGUACGAGGAGUGGGAGCUCAACCCGGGCACCGUCGAGGGCGAGAUUGUGAUCUGGGAGACGGAGCACGAGGAGCACCCGCCGGCCGACGACGAGCCCGUCCAGGUGACGGACGAGCGCAUCGCCAUCUCGGCCAAGGCGGUGCAGACGUCGGAGAUCCGCGACGCGACGUUCCGGUUCGCCAAGACGCUGACGAUGCCGUUCAUGGGCGCCGGCGUCGUCGACCUGCCGCCGGGCGGCGAGAAGCGGCCCAAGAACUCGCGCAAGAUGCACAUGGUGUUCUUCGUGCACACGGGCAAGGUCAUGGUGACGAUCAACGAGGCCCAGUUUCGCAUAUCGGCGGGCGGCAUGUGGUUUGUGCCGAGAGGCAACUACUACAGCAUCACCAACGACUACGACAACCCCAGCCGGGUAUUCUUCUGCCAGGCGUGCGAGAUUUCGCCCGCGCAGUAUGAAGCCUCGCAGAUGAGCGUGGGAGCAUGA